AAUAACUCUCUCAAGUGAAACUACCUUGCCAUUUUUAUUUCAGUUUAUGCUCUUGUUUAUUUUACACAACACUCAGUACUCUCAUAACCAUUUCUUCUUAUGGCUAUGCAAUCACCUUCCUCCUCUUCCUCCUUAUCUUAUGGUUUCAGCUUCGAUGUGUUCAUUAGUUUCAGGGGUACCGAUACUCGAUAUGGUUUCACCGGUAAUCUCUAUAAAGCUCUUUCUGACAAGGGAAUUCGAACCUUCAUCGAUGACAAAGAGCUUCAGAGAGGUGAUGAAAUCACACCGUCGCUCCUCAAGAGCAUUGAAGACUCAAGAAUUGCGAUUAUCGUCUUCUCAAAGGACUAUGCUUCUUCUUCAUUUUGUUUAGACGAACUUGUCCACAUCAUUCAAUGCUCCAAUGAAAAGGGUACGACGGUAAUUCCUGUUUUCUAUGGCACAGAACCUUCUCAGGUGCGACAUCAGAAUGAUAGUUAUGGUGAAGCACUUGCUAAGCAUGAAGAGGGUUUUCAAAAUAGCAAGGAAAACAUGGAGCGGUUGUUGAAAUGGAAGAAAGCUCUUAACCAAGCUGCUAACUUAUCUGGCCACCAUUUCAAUCAAGGAAAUGAAUAUGAACGUGAUUUUAUUGAAAAAAUAGUUACAGACACUUCCAACAAGAUUAACCACGUUCCAUUACAUGUUGCCGAUUACCUUAUUGGUCUCAAAUCUCGAAUAUCAGAAGUGAAUUCACUUCUAGACUUGGAAUAUAAUGAUGGUGUCUGCAUAAUAGGAAUCCUUGGUACUGGUGGAAUGGGCAAGACAACUCUUGCUCAAGCAGUUUAUAAUUUGGUUGCUAAUCAAUUUCAAUGUAAGUGUUUCCUUCACAAUGUGAGAGAAAAUUCAGUCAAACAUGGCUUAGAGUAUCUUCAAGAGCAGCUUCUCUCCAAAUCAAUCGGAUUUGUAACUAAAUUUGGACAUGUUAAUGAAGGUAUUCCAAUCAUAAAGCAAAGGCUAUGUCAAAAGAAAGUUCUCUUGAUUCUCGAUGACAUCGACAAACUAAAGCAAUUGCAGGUUUUGGUUGGAGAGCCUGGUUGGCUUGGUCGUGGCAGCAGAGUCAUCAUUACCACUCGAGACAAACAUUUGUUAACAUGUCAUGGGAUUAAAACAAUAUAUGAAGUAGAUGGAUUAAAUGAGGAAGAAGCUCUUGAACUGUUAAGGUGGAAGGCAUUUAAAGGCAACGAAAUUGAUUCUAGUUAUAACUAUAUUUUAAACCGUGUAGUUAAAUAUGCUGCUGGCCUCCCAUUAGCUUUAGAAGUAGUGGGUUCCAACUUGUUUGGAAAGUGUUUAGCAGAUUGGAAAUGUGCAUUGGAUAAGUAUGAAAGGAUACCACCUGAAGAUAUCCAAAAUAUACUAAAAAUAAGCUUUGAUGCUCUGGAUGAAGAACAAAAGAGUGUCUUUUUGGAUAUUGCUUGUUGCUUCAAAGAGCAUGUAUUGGCAUAUGUCGAAGAAAUGCUUCAUGGUCAUUAUGGUCAUUGCAUAAAAAGCCACCUCGAAGUGUUGGUUGAUAAAUCUCUCAUAAAGAUUAAUACUAAAUACUAUUGGGGAUCUCAUGAUGUCUAUGUUACAGUACAUGACUUGAUAGAGGACAUGGGUAAAGAAAUCGUUCGGCAAGAAUCACCUAAAGAGCCUGGAGAACGGAGUAGAUUGUGGUGUUAUAAUGACAUAGUUCAUGUUUUACAGGAAAAUACAGGAACUAGUAAAAUUGAAAUGAUAUAUACGAAUUUCGAUUCCAUGAAAUCCGUAACAGUCUGGAAUGGAAAGGCCUUCAAGAAGAUGAAAAAACUCAAAACACUUAUCAUUGAAAAUGACCAUUUUUCUGAAGGUCCCAAGUAUCUUCCAAAUAGUUUGAGAGUAUUGAAAUGGAAAGGAUGUCCUUCAAAGUCUCUAUCAUCUUGUUUUUCGAAUAAGAAGUUCGAGAAUAUGAAAGUCUUGACAUUUAACCGUUGUCAAUAUUUAAUGAAAAUACCCGAUGUCUCAGGUCUUCAAAGCUUAAAAGAGUUCUCAUUUGAAGAGUGUAAUAAUUUAAUUACAAUUCACGAUUCGAUUGGGUACCUAAAUAAACUUGAAAUCUUAAAUGCACAGGGUUGUAGCAAGCUCGAGAGUUUUCCUCCCUUACAGUUGGCAUCUCUUAAGAAAUUGGAACUAUCUAGAUGUAGGAACCUAAAGAGUUUUCCAGAAUUAUUAUGCAAGAUGACAAAGAUAGAACAUAUUUGGUUGGCAGAUAGUUCCAUAGGAGAAUUGCCAUUUUCAUUUCAAAAUCUCAGUGCAGUUUAUGCCUUAACAAUAUACGACUGCAAAAUACUUAGGCUUUCAAGUGACAUUUUUAUGAUGCCUAACUUGUCAGAUAUUAAUGCAUCGGGUUGUUGUGGUCUAUUAUUGCCAAAACAUAAUGAUAUAAUUAGUUCAACAAUGUCUUCAAAUGUGGAUUAUCUUGAGCUCGUAGAUUGCAACCUCUCAGAUGAAUGUCUUCCGUUGGUUCUCAAGUGGUGUGCUAAUGUGAAACAUCUAGACUUGUCGAAGAACAAUUUCAAAAAUUUCCCCAAGUGCCUUAACGAAUGUCACCUUCUUAGGGUCCUUAAAUUGGAUGGUUGUGAAUAUCUUGAGGAAAUUAAAGGGAUUCCACCGAAUCUUGAAAAAAUAUCUGCAAUAGAGUGCAAAUCAUUGAUUUCCUCAAGUAGAAGAAUUUUACUUAGUCAGAACCUACAUGAAGCUGGAUGCACAGAGAUUUGUUUCCCGACCGGGACAGAAGGGAUUCCAGAUUGGUUUGAGCACCAAAGCAGGGGGCACACAAUUUCUUUCUGGUUUCGUAAAGAAAUCCCUUCUAUAACUUCUAUCAUUAUUAUUGUUGGGGAUAAUCAAUUUAGUCUAAGAGUCAAUUUGUUUGUCAAAGGCAAUAAAUAUACUUUUUCUAAAUAUUUUGGUUGUUCCCUUUUCAAUGUGCGGUCAGUACAUACACAUUUGUUUGAUCUGAAAUUGGAAGAAAAUAUCAAACGCUGGUUGUUUGAUCAAUGGAAUCUGGUGUCUGAAAAAGCACCGUUAAAAAAUGAAUGGAUCCGUGUGGAGCUUAAUUUGGAGAGUUCUCGGAAUUCCAAUCUUAGUACACAAAUGGGAAUCCAUGUGUUCAAUAAGAAAACAAGCACGAAGGAGGAUGUGAUAUUAACCGAUCCUUGUCGAAAGAGAAAAUUCGAUGAGUAUCUCAAUGCUUCAUCACCACAAUUUGUGGAAGUGAGAGUUUCAGAGACAGAAAGUUUGCAGAACUUGGAACAUACUGAAACAAAAGAAAAAAAGCACCAUAACUAGAUUCAUUGGUUCAGGAAGUAAUGUGGGAUAAAGAACUGAAUCUGAGAACCAACAUUUAUCCGAUCCUUUGGCAAGAGUCACGACUUGUGUUCUCCAGAAUCCAACUGCCGUGCUCCGGUCUUGAUGUGAUGAGCAAGGUUUUAAAAAAUGGUCCGUUACCAAGGAAAAGGCCACAACAAAAAGGUAUAGGUAGCGAACAUUACCGUUUUUCACCGUUUUUACUAAGUGAACAAAAAUCACGACGAAACACCGUUACGGCCGCAAAAAACAGCCGUUCAUGAUAAUAGACAUAGAAUCUGGAUUUUUUUUUUCAAUUGAGAUCGAUGAAAAUCAUAUUUUUAGUACAUAUUUGAUCAUAAAUUAUAUAAUUUAUCUCCUUAUCUAGUUUAGAACUCCAAAUCUUUUUCUAGUUUAAGUUAUUUAAGUUACUAUCAUUAUUUAAGAGUUGUGCAAUAUUGUGAUUAAUUCACACCUCGACAACCGCAAUCCGUAUCGCAACACCCGUAACAGCCGAAAUUGCGAAAUCCUGUACGCGACCGUUAUUUAAAACCUUGGUGAUGAGAGCUGAUGUAAGGUUUUGUGGAGGAUGCUUGUGCUCGAGAUAUUGUUUGAAUUUGAUGCUUUCAUUACUACAAGCAUGGAUUAGCUUGUGGAGUCAAUACCAUUGUAGAAGUUCAUGUAAAUUCUGGAGGCCAACUUUGGAUAAUGUAUUUGAACGUUUUAUGUGCUUGUAAAUAUGUACUGAUAAAACCAAAUAUCAGGAACUUUGAUGUUGCUAACUUUUUUUGUUCAAUGAUUGUUGAUUUUUUUUAUUAUAUAAA